UUCUGUUUAAAGGUGGGAGAUGUGUGGACAAGUGAAGGUGGUAUUGAAAAUUGAGAGUGAUGAAGAUCGUUUUGUCCUGCAGCUAAGACUCUGAUAGUUGUCUCAUUGGACUUCAGUAUUAGGCUGGCUGUGAGCAAGCAGUUUCAUUGAAGAUCAAAGGUAUGCCAUUCUUUUAGUUUCCAGUAAUUUUAAUUGGUGAGUCGGAUCGGGUUCGGGGUCGACUCAGAUUCGGAUCUACCAAUUGGGGGACCCGACCCGUUCCCGCGUGCAACAGGCCAAACUCUUUCCGGUCUACUUGUCACGGCACUGGAGAAGUACAAGCGGCGAGGUAAAAGCAAGGAGAGAUAUAUAACGAGAGAAGAGGAAGUGCGAUCAGUGCCGUACACGUGCAGUCACAGCGGUGCUUUGAAAGCCGCGCGUGCGUUUGACCGUGAUCAGUAAAAGAGACCCGUUCCCACACGUCCAGUUCUUCUUGCCUUCUUCCUCUUCUUUUUCCCUCUUUCCUACCCCCUCCUCUUCGGAUAACGAUGGCGAUGGCUCUGAGAAACCUCGCCCUUUCUUCGCCCCUCGUCGCCUUCCUCUCCUUCUUCUUCUAAGGAUCAUCGAUCGAUUUCAAGGGCGGCGAGAAGGAGACAGAGAGCGAGAGGAUGGCGACAAACGGAGAGGACGCGGAGCCGGAGGCCCGGCCGCAGCCGUCUCAUCCUCGUCCGCUGCGGCGGACGGGCGAUUUCUUGGGGAAGCAUCGCUUGUCGGCUGCCAUCUCCCGGCUCAACCAAGAGAUCCAGUACCUCCAGGCUGAACUAGAUGAAAUUGAAACAAUGAAGCCGUCUUCUGAAGCAUGCAAGGCAGUUGUCUUGAGCACGGAAGGCAAAUCUGAUGCCCUCCUUCCAGUUACACCAGGUCCCGAAAAUCCAGCCUGGCACCGGUGGUUCCAACGUGUCCCAAGCUCUCAUAGUCGUAAAUGGUGGACACACAAAGGUUCUGAUGUUUCUUAAAAAUGGUUUCUGAUGACUUUUUGAUGAGCAUAAUAUACAGAUGCUACCAACUAAAAGGUGGUUUUGAAGUGUCAUCGGUCUUAUGUUGUUUGAUCAGUUCACCCUCUAAAAGCAGUAGCUACAAUUGCAUGGUUGGAAUAUUAUCUGCUCAUUGUGCAUGUUGUUGUGCAUAUGGUGUUAUCGUUGAUGACAAAACAUAUUGGCAUGGCACUGAUAUCAAUUCGGAGACAUUUUGGUUUCUUAGUGCAA